UGGCAUUUCUCAACUAUUUCCCUCGUCUGCUGUUUUCUUUCCGCUCUGCAGAGAGUGUCGCCUAGAUCGGAGACUCGCCUCCAGGCUUAUUCCCGCUAUGACAGACGUCCGUCCAGGGGACUUCGUUGGAGCACAGCAAGAGAUCUUUAGCAACCAGAAUGAUCAUAAGAGCUCGAUAGGCCACGCCAAUUCACAAGGUAAGGCUGAAUUAGGUGCCAGUAACAAUGAUGGCGUGGAGAAUGAAAAGAGCGAUGACUCCGUGUUCGGACGACAAGAACAAGAGACCCGCGAAAAAGUUGAAGACGUCCCGCCGAACGGUGGCUAUGGCUGGGUCUGCGUUGCAUGUGUCGCUACCAUAAACGCCCAUACUUGGGGUUUAAAUUCAUCCUACGCUGUCUUCUUGGCCUAUUAUCUCGCCAACAACCACUUUCCUGGGGCAACUCCUUUGCAAUAUGCCUUCAUCGGUGGGCUCUCUAUCUCGCAGGCUUUAAUUGUCUCACCGGUCGCCACACUGACAACGCGUCUUUUUGGAACCCGCGUCACACUCUUGAUCGGCGUCUUCUUCGAAACACUCUCCUUCAUCGCCGCGUCCUUCGCCACAGAGAUCUGGCAUCUGUUCCUUACGCAAGGUGUAUGUUUCGGUUGGGGUAUGGGAUUUCUCUUCAUCGGAAGUGUUGUUAUUACACCCCAAUGGUUCACGACCCGGCGAAGUCUAGCCAACGGAUUCGCGGCAGCGGGAUCCGGUGCAGGGGGUUUGGUUUACUCACUGGCUGCGCAGGCCAUGAUCCGCAACAUGAGCCUUCCCUGGGCAUUUCGCAUCUUGGGAAUCGUGGCGUGCGUCGUCAACACCAGCUGUGCUCUCCUCGUCAAAGACCGAAAUAAGCAGAUCGGUAGCUCUCAGCUUUCCUUCGAUUAUAAUCUCUUCCGGAAACUUCCUUUCCUUGGCCUCUUGCUUUUUGGUUUUCUCUCUAUGCUGGGCUAUGUGGUCCUCCUUUUCUCACUGCCAAAUUAUGCUCGCACUGUCGGUAUGACCGCUUCUCAGGGCUCUAUCAUCGGCGCCGUCUUCAAUCUCGGUCAAGCACUAGGGAGGCCGCCAAUUGGUUAUUGGAGCGACACGUUUGGCCGGCUAAACAUGGCGGCGUCGAUGACGGGGCUCUGUGGUGUGUUCGUGCUACUGAUAUGGAUUUUUGCGAAAAGUUUCGGGGUGCUCAUUUUCUUCGCUAUCGUUGGCGGUUGCGUUGCGGGCACGUUUUGGGCCGUUGCAGGUCCAGUAACGACAGAAAUUAUGGGUAUAGUAGAUUUACCAGCUGCGUUAAGCAUCACGUGGCUUGUCCUUGCCCUACCUACAACUUUCUCCGAAGCUAUGGGACUUGAGAUUGUCAUUUCGAAUGGGGGGACUUAUACCGGAGCCAUUCUCUUCACUGGUUUCAUGUACCUUGGGGCUGCUGCUGUGCUGUGGCUCGUUCGUGCGUGGAAAAUUGGUGAGUUGGAGAAGGAGAAGAUCGCCAAAGCACGCAGUAAUUCGGGAGAUGCGGAUCAUAUGACAGGUGUGUUGGAGCUUGGAUUUGUCAAAAGGUUGUUCAUGAGAUAUGUGGUAUAA